AUGGGUUCUUCUUCUUCUUCUUGGUUUGUGUUUCUCAUCGUCUUCUUUCCUUUAGCUCAUGCUGAAAUAACUGUGAACUCCAUCUUCCAAUUUGGAGAUUCUCUCUCCGACACCGGAAACCUAAUUGCUUCUGGGCUUGGGAUGCAGUUUGACGCCGGAAAACUUCCUUACGGCGAAACCUUCUUCCAUGAACCCACCGGCCGAUUCUCCGACGGCCGCCUCGUCAUAGACUACCUCGCCACCCAUUACAAACUCUCUUUUCUGGAGCCGUACCUCAACGACGGCGCGGACUUCACUCAGGGCGUUGAUUUCGCGGUCGCCGGAGCAACGGCGCUGGACGAAGAUUUCUUCACUGCGAGAAGCAUUAAGUUCAAGACGUUCAAGCAACCCAUCAGCGCCCAACUCAAGUGGUUCGAUGAGCACCUUAACUCCACUUGCCGGCAAACCGCCGACGGCUGCAAGAAAAGGAUCGAAGAAUCUCUGUUCGUGUUCGGCGAGUACGGCGGCAACGACUAUUUUACUUCCAUCGACAACGGCAAAUCUCUGGAAGAAGUUUACACUUACGUCCCGUCGGUGGUGGGGGCCAUCGCCGCCGGCGUGAGGGAGAUUAUCAAGAUAGGGGCGAAGCAAAUACUUGUUCCCGGGCCGUAUCCCUUCGGGUGCCUCCCCGCUCAGCUCACAGCCGCCGCCGGCUCCGACCCGGCAUCCUACGACGACCAGGGAUGUCUCAUAGAUUACAACAACCUCGCUAACUCCCACUACGAUCUCUUGGACAAAGAAAUUUCUCCCCUCAACUAUGAGUUCUUAGCCGAAGGUGUUAAGGUGGUUUUAGGGGAUCAACGGGCUGGUUUUCUCAGAGUUCUCAAGAACCCAGCAGACUUUGGAUUGGACACCGAAAAUUUGCUGAAAGCCUGUUGCGGAACCGGCGGGGACUAUAACUACGACCCCAAUAGAUUGUGUGGAUCGGACGGCGUUAAUGGAUGCCCCAAUCCCGAAAAGGCUUUGCAUUGGGACGGUGUUCAUCUCACCGAUAAAACAUAUGGUUCCGUUGCCGAAUAUCUCAUCACCAAUGACCUUACUAAGCUUGGUUAA